AGCUCUAGCCCGGCCCCCUUCCCUGCUGGGGCGAGCACCACCGCGAAGAUGAAGCUGGCGAAGUGGUGCUGGCUGAGCUCGGCUGUCCUUGCUGCUUAUGGUUUUUUGGUUGUGGCAAACAAUGCAACAGAGGAAAUUAAAGAUGAAGCAGCCCAGGACGCCUGCCCGGUGAGACUAGAAAGCAGAGCGAAAUGCGAGGAGGGAGGCGACUGUCCCUACCAGGUGAACCUGCCCCCGCUGACUAUUCAGCUCCCCAAGCAGUUUGGCAGGAUCGAGGAGGUGUUCAAAGAAGUCCAGAACCUCAAGGAAAUUGUAAAGAGCCUGAAGAAGUCUUGCCAAGACUGCAAACUGCAGGCUGAUGACAACCGAGACCCGGGCAGAAAUGGACUGCUGUUACCCGGCACAGGAGCUCUGGGAGAAGCUGGUGACAACAGAGUUAGAGAGUUAGAGAGCGAGGUUAACAAGCUGUCCUCUGACCUUAAGGAUGCCAAGGAGGAGAUCGACGUGCUUCAGGGUCGCCUGGAGAAGCUGAAUCUUGUAAAUAUGAACAACAUAGAACAUUAUGUUGAUAGCAAAGUGGCAAACCUAACAUUUGUUGUCAAUAGUUUGGAUGGCAAAUGUUCAUCUAAGUGUCCCACUCAAGAACAAAUACAAUCACGUCCAGUUCAACAUCUUAUAUAUAAAGAUUGCUCUGAAUACUACACAAUAGGCAAAAGAAGCAGUGAGCUCUACAGAGUUACACCGGAUCCCAAAAAUAGUAGCUUCGAAGUUUUCUGUGACAUGGAGACCAUGGGGGGAGGCUGGACAGUGCUGCAGGCACGUGUUGAUGGAAGCACCAACUUCACCAGAACAUGGCAAGACUACAAAGUAGGCUUUGGAAACCCCAGAAGAGAAUUUUGGCUGGGGAACGAUAAAAUCCAUCUUCUGACUAAGAGUAAGGACAUGAUUCUAAGAAUAGAUCUUGAAGACUUUAACGGUGUCAAGCUCUAUGCCUUGUAUGAUCACUUUUAUGUGGCCAACGAGUUUCUCAAAUACCGUCUACACAUUGGUAACUAUAAUGGCACAGCUGGAGAUGCCUUACGUUUCAGUAAACAUUACAACCACGAUAUGAAGUUUUUCACCACCCCGGAUAGAGACAACGAUCGAUACCCCUCUGGGAACUGUGGGCUCUACUACAGUUCAGGCUGGUGGUUUGAUGCAUGUCUUUCUGCAAACUUAAAUGGCAAAUAUUAUCACCAGAAAUACAGAGGUGUCCGAAAUGGGAUUUUCUGGGGGACCUGGCCUGGUAUAAGUGAGGCACAACCUGGUGGCUACAAGUCCUCCUUCAAAGAAGUCAAAAUGCUGAUCAGACCCAAGCACUUUAAGCCAUAAAUCACUAAUGCUCAUUCUUUUGGGUAUUCAUUACCUAAUAGGGCAAUUAAUUCCUUCAGCACUUUGGAAUAUGUUUCAUGCUCUUUUUCCAUGGCUUAAAAUUUCUCCCUGAGCAAUGGGUUCUUAUGCUAUACAGCAUUUGAAAUAAAGCUAAAAAAUACGCCAUUUAAAGAAGUCCUUUGUUGCUGUUAUGCUGUUAUCCAAAUAAACACUUGCGAGCAAUUGGGAAUAUUGAGAAUCACACAUUAGAUUUAUAAUUCUCUUAAUUUCUCUUAUUUGAAAAGUUUUUAGUCAUAGUACUCGCUCUAAUUAAAAAAAUACUUGUUUGUUCAGUAGGCUAGAUUUUACACAAGUAAGCUGUAUUUUGACUGUGACUUAAACACAUCUU